AUGGCGCAUGAAUCUUUGUUAGGUGGUCAUCAGGGUAGAAGAAAGACAGCAGACCGCAUCUUAACCAGUUUCUUUUGGCCAGGAAUCCAUGGGGAUAUCAGACGCUUCUGUCAAUCAUGCGAUGUCUGUCAAAGAACUACACAUAAGGGACGGGUUACGAAAGUACCGUUGGGUAAGAUGCCGGUUAUUGAAGUUCCAUUCGAGCGCAUUGCGGUUGACAUUGUGGGACCUAUCCAACCAAUUACUGAGAGGAAGAAUAGGUACAUAUUAACAAUUAUUGAUUACGCCACUAGGUACCCGGAGGCAAUUCCCUUACCGAAUAUAGAAGCGGAACGGGUGGCUGAAGCCCUGAUGCAAGUGUUUAGUCGAGUUGGGAUACCUAAAUCCAUUUUCACAGACCAAGGUUCACAAUUUACCUCUGAUUUAAUGAAACAGGUAAGCCGGUUGCUAUCAAUGGAACAGCUCACAACUACACCAUAUCACCCAGCCGCAAAUGGUCUUGUAGAGAGGUUUAAUGGUACUCUAAAACUCAUGUUAAAGAGGAUUUGCAGUGAAAAACUACGGGAUUGGGAUAGAUACAUUGAACUGCUACUUUUUGCAGUAAGGGAGACACCUCAAGAAAGUUUAGGUUUCUCACCCUUUGAAUUGUUGUAUGGUAGGCAUGUCAGAGGGCCAAUGGCAAUUCUAAAGGAAUUAUGGACGGGAGGAGUACAGACGGGUGAAACAAAGACAACGUACCAGUAUGUACUAGAUUUGCGAAAUCGUUUAGAAGAGACAUGUCAAGCAGCCAGGGAAGCCUUGAAGGUAUCUGCAAAACGUUACAAGACUUACUAUGAUCGUAAAUCCAGAAGUCGUAAGUUAUGUGUUGGAGACAAUGUUCUAUUGCUAUUACCAACUGAUCACAAUAAGCUUCUUUUGCAGAGGAAGGGGCCGUUUAAAGUAACAAAAGUUGUAAAUGAGUUUGAUUAUGAAAUAGAUUUGAAUGGUAAAUGCAAAAUUUUUCACAUUAACCUUCUCAAGCAGUAUUUUAGCAAGUGCUCAAAUUCAGAACCAUCAGGCCAGAAGAGUUAUGAUAAACUUGAUGUUGGAUGCACUGCUGUGGUAGAAGAUGACGAUGGGGAAUCUUCAGAUGGGACAGAAAUGUUAUCAAACUCUACUUUACUGCAACCAUAUCCGCUACAAGCAAAAGAGAGCAUUGAAGAUGUGGUAAUAAAUGAAAGCUUAACUACUUUGAAGAAACUAGAUGUAAUGCAAGUAUUGAAGGGGUUUAAAGACAUUUUAACCGAUUUACCAGGACAAACGACUUUAGGGCAGCAUGAUAUAAAGUUAAAGUCAUCUGAGUUACCAAAGGGUAGGCCAUAUCCAAUUCCGCAUACUCUUAGGGAGACUGUAAACGAUGAAGUUAAAACUAUGUUAUCAUUAGAUGUAAUUGAACCAUCGAUCAGUCCAUUUGCUUCACCCAUUGUGUUAGUGAAGAAACCUGAUGGGUCAAAUAGAUUUUGUGUUGAUUUUAGACGUCUAAACGAGAACACUGUGUUCGAUGCAGAACCGAUACCAGAUAUGGAUGAAUUGUUUGCAAAGAUAAGAAAGGGUAAAUAUUUCACCAAGAUUGAUUUGUCAAAAGGGUAUUGGCAAGUACCUAUGGUUGAUGAAGCGAAACCGCUUACAGCAUUCAUUACUCCCAACGGUAUUUUUCAAUUUAAAGUAAUGCCUUUUGGAUUAAUAAAUGCACCCGACUCUUUCAGCAGGAUUAUGCGUUCUUUGUUAAGGGGGAUGGAUGGUGUAGUAAACUACAUUGAUGACAUAUUAAUCUAUUCCACAACUUGGGAGGAACAUGUAAGGUCUAUUGAAGAGUUAUUUUGCAGGUUACGGGGUGCCGGAUUGACUGCUAGACCAAGUAAAUGUUUUGUGGGACAACAUCAGGUUGCAUUUCUCGGUUAUGUGGUCGAAAAUGGUAUGUUACUUCCAAGGGCCAAGAAAAUAGAAAGCAUUUUAUGUAUUAGUCCUCCAACAACAAAGAAACAACUUAGGUCGUUUUUAGGAGUAACAAAUUAUUACAGGAAGUUUGUGCCGAAUUACGCAACAAUCGCAACACCCCUUACUGAUUUAACAAGGAAUAAGGAACCGGAAAAGUUACGUUGGGAGCAACAACACGAAAAUGCCUUUAGGUUACUGAAGGAGAGAUUAACUAACUACCCUAUUUUACAUCUUCCUACGAAAGUGUUAGUGUUUUGA